AUGGUCAACUACGACAAGUGGGACAAACUCGACCUCGGCUCCGACGACGACGAGCCCCGGACCCGCGGCCGGCCGCAGGUCACGCGCCUCGAGGGCCCAUCGACGGUCACCUUCGGCGGCGGGCGCGGCGACGUCGUCGACGUCAGGGUGGAUGCGCCGCGACCGACGAACGAGCCGAUCCGGGCGGCGAAGGCGUCCGACAAAGCGCCGGUGCGCAACACCCUGGACGCAUCGUACGCCAAGUUCGACGCCCUGGCGGGCGACAUCUCGUCCGACGACGACAUCAACGACUACUACGAGGACGAGUACCACGCGCAGAUGGACGCGGCGAGGCGAGCGGAGUUCGAGGACACCCUUCGCAAUCCCGACGGCACGUGGAAGGAACUGCCCCCGCUGGUGCGCCAACCCGGCAAGUACAUCGGCGAUAUGCCCCCGCCGUCGUACCCGCCCCCGGACGUGGCGGAGGCCGAGUUGAUGGCGGACAUGGACAGGCUCGCCGAGCGCACCGAGGCGUUCACCAGAAACGGCGCAGCCGAGAAUGCGAUCGAGUCGUCCGAGAAGGACGCCGCCGCCGAGUCUGAAGACAAAGGUGAUCCCGCCGAGUCUCAGCAGCGAGCCGGGUACAUGUGGAGCCAGGAGCACGACGAGUGCGUCCUGAGCGUCGUCGUUCCCCCGGGUACCAAGGCUAAGGACGUCGUCGUCGAGUGCACCGAGGAUCGCGUGAAGGUCGUCCUCGCCAACCACGCGUUACAAUCGGCGACGACGCUCGUGGACGACGACAUCGCGCACAGGAUCGACCCGGAACCCCGGGACGACGAGGAGCUGGAGCGAUCGGUGGACGGGUUCGACGUGCCGCGCGUGUACGGCGAGUGGGAGGUGUGCGACUGGGAGCCGCAGUCGCUGGGAGGGCGGCGCGUGGUUCGCGUGACGUUUCGGAAGAAAGGGCUGGGCGCCAUGACGCACUGGUGGCGCAGGGCGCUGCGCAGCGGGAAGGAGAUCGACACCGCCGCGCUGAAGUGUCGGAAGGAGGGGAAGGCGGCGGAGAGCCAGAAGAUCUGGGAGGAGGCCACCGCGGCGUUCAAGGAGAGCGUCAAGAACAGGAAGCCCAUCCCGAUCCCUUACACCGGUCCGUCGGAGGAUUCCGGCGACGACGAGAGUUGACGCGAAGGCUUCAAGUCGUGUGAAGGAAUAGAGAUACAACGUUAGGCU